AUGGAGGCACUUGGGAAUUUGGCAUUAGAUAGGGAAAGGAGGUAUGUUAAUUUGGAUGAUAAUCUAAGGUCGCUCGAAAGGAAGUUGCAAAGAUUAGGCGGCAAAAAAUCUGACUUCGAGUUGCAGGUGACAAAUGCAGAAAGGUCAGGUACCAAGAAAAGGAAAAGGGAGGUUGAGAUUUGGUUUGAGGAGGUAGCAACAGUAGAAAUCGAAUUUGGUACACUAAAAAAGAGUAUACAAGAAGGUGGAUUCCUAGAAAAUGCAAUAAGCAGUGGGGAUAGAGUGGCGAAAAUGGAUGCAAUUGUAGAAGAACUUAUUGAGCAAAGUAAGCAUUUUGAUGGGCUUUUGCUUGAGGCUUUUGAGAGCAGAGGUGAGCCACGAGUGACAACGAAAUUAUUUGGAGAAAUGUUUGACAGAGGUUUGAAAGCAAUUUGGGCGUGGUUGGUCAUCGAUAGCAUCUCAAACAUUGGGAUUUAUGGGAUGGGCGGUUUGGGUAAGACUACAUUCGCGAAACACAUCCAUAAUCAUCUCCUUGAGAGAACUCAAUUCAAGGUUUAUUGGAUUACUGUCUCUCAAGAAUUCAACAUCAGAAGGCUGCAAGAUGACAUUGCUAAACGCCUAAGGCUUGAUCUGUCUUACGAGGAUGAUGAGGAUGGCAGAGCAGCCAUUUUGUCUAGGGAAUUGGUGAAGCAGUCUGUCCUCAUACUUGAUGAUGUUUGGCAAGAAUUUUCUUUUGAAAAGAUUGGAAUUCCUCUUGGUGCAAACAAAUGCAGAGUGAUCUUGACUACUCGAUCACUAGAAUUAUGCAACAAGAUUAGCUGUCAAAGGGUAUUUGAAGCUAAAACUUUGGCUAUAGAUGAAGCUUGGGAUUUGUUCAAACAUACACUUGACACUAAGACGGUGCUUCAUGAAGAUGUGGAAGAAAUUGCCAAGUCCAUCAUGAAAAGGUGUGCGGGUUUGCCUCUUGGUAUUAUCACAGUGGCUGGAAGCUUGAGAGGUGGGAGCGAUAUCUGUGAGUGGCGAAAUGCAUUGGAACAAUUGGAAAAAUGCUCAGUAGGGCAUGAUGAGAUGGAACGAGAUGUGUUUCCCAUCCUGGAAUGGAGUUUCAACCGCUUGAAUGAAUGUCAAAUGAAUUGCUUCUUGUAUUGCUCUCUUUAUCCGGAAGAUUGUAAAAUAAAAAGAAUGGAACUAAUAGACCUCUUUAUUUGGGCAAAGCUGAUGGACAAACAGAACUCAAGGUCAAGGUUAGAAGCAUUUGAUCAAGGUCACACGAUAUUAAACAAAUUGAUAAAAGUUUGCUUGCUAGAAGAAACAACAGAUUUAGAAAAUGAUGACUGCGUGAAGAUGCAUGAUUUGGUCAGAGAUAUGGCGUUAAGGAUCACGAAUGGAAACUCCAAACUAAAGAUGAGCAGAGAUGUACCAAGAUUUUUGGUGAAAAGUUUAGGAUGGAGAGAUUCAAAAGUAACAUUGGAACAAAAAAAAUGGGCAGAAGUUCUCCAUGCAGUCUCCUUUCACACACUUUAUCAUCAUACAAAAAUAAAAGUUCCACCAGUCUGGUUGCCAAAUUGUCCUAAGCUCUCAACUGUUAUGGUAUUGGACCAAUAUGCAGCAAUGGUGACAGAUUUCCUUGCAGCAGAAGUGAAUUAA